AUGUCUAGUGGCACGAGCCCCAAAGCCUCACUGCCGUCACAUCUCGUCUCGCCUGCUUGGUGCCCCGAGCACUCGGAUUCUCCCAGCCCCGGUCCUGGUCUUGCCUGCGGUCUUGGCCGACGCGAUUCAGACUCACCCGUCGUUCCGAGUUCAUCGCCCCUCUGCCCCGAGGACCUCGACUUCCUGCGUGUCUCUCUGGACCGUGUGCUCCAGGGCCUCCAGCGCGUGGGCAGAACCACUGGCCUGACGCCUGCAUUGACCCGUCUCGUCAAAGCGCCACGGUACCACGACAACCCGCCGCCCGAGCGAAUCAGGUAA